ACUAACUGAUGGAUGAUGAAAUGGGAAAUGAAACUACACGCCUAAUGUGAAAAAGCUGCAUUUUGUUGUAAACCUCAACGCUACAUUUGGGCAGUCAUGGCCUCAGCCAGCAGCUUGCUGUGUGAGGAACAGUUCCUCUGUUCAAUCUGCCUUAACACAUUUACUGAUCCUGUCACUACUCCAUGUGGACACAACUACUGCAAGACUUGUAUCACAGAGUACUGGGACAGCAGUGAUGUGACGCAAUGUCCCCUCUGCAAGAAGAGGUUCCGCCGCAGACCUCAGCUUCAGGUCAACACAGAGUUCAGAGAUAUGAUGGAGUGUUUCAACAGCAUGAGAGUAAAGGAUGGAGAGGUUCUUGCUAAACCGGGGGAGGUGCCCUGUGAUGUCUGUAUCGGACCAAAGCGAAAGGCCCACAAGACGUGCCUGGUGUGUUUGACCUCAUAUUGCCAGGCCGACCUGGAGCCUCAUCUGGAGCCUCAUCAGAGAGUUGCAAGCCUAAAGAAGCACAAGCUGAUCGACCCCAUAUCAAACCUGAAGGGCAGGGUGUGUCAGAAGCAUGACAAGAUGUUGGAGCUCUUCUGCUGCACAGAUCAGGUGUGUAUUUGUUUCAUGUGCUUGAAAGACGACCACGUGACACACGUAACCAUCCCCUCCGAACGUGCUUUCAGAGAGGGGAAAGCCCGGCUUGAGAGCUUAACAUCAGAAAUGAAAGCAAUGGAAAAGACCAAAUCCAGUCAUGUGAAGGAAGCCAAACGCUCGGCUCGGCAAAACAAGGAUGAAUCAGAACGAGAAGUAGCAGAUAUUGCUGUGGUUUUAGGAGCUCUGGUGGCCUCUCUGCUAAAAAACCAGGACGAGCUAAUUAAGCUAAUCCAAGAGAAGCACAAAGCAGUAGAAACACAAGCUGAAACCCACAUAGCUCUGCUGGAAGAAGAAGUAGACGAGUUAAGAAGGGGGAUAGCUGAACUGGAAGAGUUUUUACAGACAGAAGACCAUCUCCAUUUCCUGCACAGCUGCUCGUCCCUCCACUACGUUGCAUUCAAUAAGGACGUAUUUAAACCUCUGUCCCACGGUGUGCCUCCUUUUACAGACAGCCUUUCUAAAAUGAGUCAACAGAUAUAUUUGGGGAUGGUGAAGAAGUACAGUGCUCAGAUAGAAAAGAUACUCAGUAAAGAAGUGGGCAUGCUUGUUUAUGAGCUCAAUUCGUCUGAUGGCUGUGAUGCUGCUGAACAGGCUACUACAGCAGAACCACUAAUGAGAGACAAUUUUAUUGAAGGAGAAGGGAUAUCAAGAGAAUAUGAUUUUGAAGAGGAGUGGAGACCACCUCGGGACAAGCUAAUGAUGAUCCAGCUGUGUAAUUCGAUGACUCUAACUUUUGAUCCCCAUGUAGCCCAUCCAAUACUCAAGGUGUACGAGGGUGGCAAAAAACUAACACUUAAUAUACGUUUACGGCCUUACUCUCCUCUUUUUGAGCGACCAUUUUUAAAUCAACCCUAUGUCCUUGCGACUGAAGGAUUCUCCUCAGGCAGAUUCUACUAUGAGGUUUGUGUCAGCAAGAGUAAAGUCUGGACUUUAGGAGUGGUCAAAGAGUCUGUGAACAAGCACAUGGGUUUUCCUCCCACCCCCAAAGAUGGAGCCUGGACAUUAAGCGCACGGUACACUGGAUGGGCUGUGCAAUAUUUUGCCUGUGAUUCCGAGAUUCUUCUUUUGCAUGUGAGACAGACACCCAAAACAGUUGGUGUGUUUGUCGAUUGCGAGAAAGGAGAGGUCUCGUUCUAUGACGUGGAUACCAGAACCCUGAUGUACUCCUUCACAGGAUGUACCUUCACUGAGAAACCAUCGACAUUAAAAGCUCUUCUGUAUUAUCUGCUUGGCUUUCCUUUAAGUAACAGGUGCAAGCUGUAUCCUAUUUUUGGAAUCUUUCCGAUAGGUAAUAAUUUUGCCAACCAAAUAUCCAUCACAACUUAACUGUGGACCUCACAGCUUAAAGUGCCACGUGUCAUUAAGUUGUUAUCACUGAGGAAGAGGCUACGUGCUUUUGAAUACAUAGUGCUAAACAUGUUCUGCAGCCAAGACCUCAUAACAAUUUAGAAGCAGCAGACGUAGUAGUAUGACAUAAUACAGGAGGACAGAUUCAUGUACAAAGUAGUAAUAAGCAUAUAUGGUUGCAUUACCUGUAUUUAGCCAGUAGGUAGCACCAUUGUUUAGCCAUUGUGCUGAUGUGCUGCCUUAGAAAUAAAGGGCCUUGAGGGUGGCAUCAUGGGAAAUUAACUGCAUUUAUAGUCAAAAAUGCUUAUAUACAUAUUUUAUGCACAUGUUAGUUUUGGACUCAUUGUCUACAAUUUUGCUUUUGACAUCACUGACUGUCAACAUUUUUACUGUCUUGUGUAAUUCAGUCAACAAUUUUACUUUUCUUUCAACUUAUCAUCAGUGCAUCCAAAGCAGAGCUGAAGGUUCUGAGUUUUCUGUACAGAGUUUACAUGUUCUUCCAGUGAGUGUGUGGGUUUCCCGAUGGACUGACGACCUCUCUGAAGUAUAACUUCUCCCUUUACAGCUGGGAGCAUUUAUGAAAAUGACUAGAUGGAUUUACAAAAUGCCAAAAACCAUCAUCUGAUGACAAGCUGUUUUUUUUUUUGUU